UUGCUCCUGUAGUUACUCCGUCUCAUAUGAUGCAAAGGAUGUUGUGUCUAAUUUGGGUGUUAAGAAUGAUUCUCAGCUUAAAUUUGAUGUUCAAGUCAAUAAUGUGGUUCAAGUAUGCUUUUUUCACCUAAAGAAUCUUUAUAAGUCUUUUUGAUGAGGAAUCGUUUUGAGAGGUGUAUUCAUGCAUUUAAUGCAUUUUGUUUAGGCCGGGCGUACACUGUGCGACUUUUUCACUUUUUUGAGCCGAUUUUCCAGUCGUGCGAGAAUCCACGACAUCGGGGCGAGUUUUGCGCCGAGCGGUCGUGUAGUGUACAGGGGGUUACGAGAGGCGAUUAACACCACGUGACCAGCUGCCGAUCAGCAGUCGUGAGGUCGCACGGACUUCUGGCAUGUUUAAUAUUUUGCUCGUCCCUCGUGAGGGUAUCGUACAGUUGAAGCGGUGCUGCGAGCAGCUGCGACCCAAAAAGUAUCAGAACCGCUCACGGCGCAUGCGCAAUCCUGCAUCAACACCGCUCGCUCGCUAUUUCCCUAAUAACACACGCUGUUCGUUUUUGUUUCUACACGUUUUUUUUACUCACAAAGAUUGUCAAGAAAGCGUGUUUGUCGUGUUCAUGUCAAAUUAAACUGAUCACUAAACACAGAUUUACUUUCUUUAUUUCGUUUUACUCAUCCAACCCCCAUAAAUCCCUGUAUCCUCCUGCAGCACUCCGUGUUGAGUAAAAACUGCUAUUUUUAGCAUAUUUUUAGGGCUGACGUGUUGCUACCAGACGUACAGUGUGAGCAGUCAGGUCGCAUGCGAGAACUGGGUCGUGCAGUGUGAGCGCAUGACUCGUGAGAUCUGCCCUGCGAGGAAGUCGUACAGUUUGAGCUGAAGCUGAACGCUGCGAGUGAAAAAGUCGCACAGUGUACGCCCGGCUUUAGACUACUGCAACAGUCUUUACUUGGGUGUUGAUCAUGGAUGUAUUGCUAGGCUGCAGCUAGUUCAAAAUGCUGCAGCCCGUCUUUAGACUGGCACUGGUCGAUUUGAUCAUAUCACUCCAGUUGUUGCCUCUCUGCAUUGGAUCCCAGUUCAGUUCUGUGUUGAAUUUAAGAUUUUGGUUCUGGCCUACAAAUGUUUAAAUGGCCUUGCUCCUAGCUCUUUAUCUGGAAUUCUAGUGUCAUAUGUCCCAUCUUGUGGAUUUAGGUCAACUGACCUAGUGAGCAGAACUAACGGUCAUCACAAGCUGCUGAUCUAGCAGCAUGAUGCUCAUUAUUAUUUCAUGGGUUACAGACGAGUGUUGAUGCUCUGUGUUUUUAUUUCUGCAGCGAGCCUUACAAUUUCACCUCUUUCCGCCCAGUUUCUUCUUAAAACACAUAUUACAUUUACUGUUUUGACGCAUUUUAAUGAGCUUCCUCCAUGCUGUGAUUUCAUUGUAGGAUACAAACUUUACAGCACUCUCACGGAGUAAAAGUUCGGCAGAUAUUUGUUUACAUUUUUGCUGCUGCGCACCUACAGUGUUAGGGAAAGGAAGGGAGGGGCCGAUGCGAUGCUGCUGUCAGGGUAUCUCUAGGCUCCACAGUAGCAGCGACGAACGGCUGGUUUGAGUGGCUCUGAGAGGCGUUAAUCAGAAUUUGCAGAUAGCGUUUUUUCCUUCUACCAAUGGCAUAGUGAUGUCUGGACUUAAAAGCAACUCAUUAGAUUCAUAGUUAUUUGUUAAAGUAAUGCAUUACCAUAAAUAGUAAUGUGUUUACCAACAUUGGUUAUGUAUUUUACUGAUUGCAAAAACACCCCUAGGUCUUUUGUCUUGUCUUUUUACUGAAUAUUUUUCUUUUAUAUAUUUCUGCUUGGUUCACUGCAGUUUCAAGGAAGAGAGAAGAGACGGAUGAGAAACCUCUGCUCUUACAUUUCCACAACCAUCAAAUGAAAGACGGAGGUGUCCCAACCAGCAGCUUGGCUGGGCAGAUGACAGCAAAAGUUGGUGGAGGAGCAGAAACUAGCAAGAACCUAGAUCUGGACCCUGAUGAAAAGACAUCAGAUCCUUCAGAGAUUGAAGUUACUGGAGAAGAUGAAGAUGAUUUGAAUCUAGACUCUGAGCGUUCAGACUCUGGGCCUGAAACUGGAAACGGAGACCAUGGCUGUAAUGAGAACAAGUCUUCAGAGUCAGAUAUUAAGACAUUCGACAAAUCAUUUAGCUGCCCUGUGUGUGGUAUACGGUUCUUCCACAAGUGGUCUCUUCAGGAACAUGUGAGAGUGACAAGUCAUUCAGCAGUAAAGUCAUCAGAGUGUUCGGUUAAUACAAAAUGUGUGAAAGAGAAGCAACAUGGAGGCUCAUGUAGAAAAGUCCAGAAAAAACCGAAAUCAUUUAGUUGUGAUGACUGUGGGAAAAGAUUUAGCCAAACGUUCAAUUUAACCCGUCAUAUGAGAGUCCACACCGGGCAGAAGCCUUUUGCCUGUGAGCUCUGUGGGCAAAGAUUCAGCCGUAAACAUAGUUUAAAAACACACAUGAGAGUCCACACAGGAGAGAAGCCUUUUGCCUGUGAGCUCUGUGGACAAAGAUUUAGCCAGAAAAAUAAUUUAAACACACACAUGAGAGUCCACAAAGGAGAGAAGCCUUUUGCCUGUGAGCUCUGUGGACAAAGAUUUAGCCAUAAACAUAGUUUAAACACACACAUGAGAGUCCACACAGGAGAGAAAUCUUUUGCCUGUGAGCUCUGUGGACAAAGAUUUAGCCAGAAAAAUAAUUUAAACACACACAUGAGAGUCCACACAGGAGAGAAGCCUUUUGCCUGUGAGCUCUGUGGAUACAGAUUUACCAAAAAGUCACAUUUAAACGAUCACAUGAAAAUCCACACUGGAGAGAAGCCUUUUGCAUGUGAGCUCUGUGGAUACAGAUGUACCAAAAAGUCAUAUUUAAAUGAUCACAGUAAAGUCCACACAAGAGAGAAACCUUUUGCAUGUGAGCUCUGUGGACAAAGAUUUAGCCAUAGAAAUAAUUUAAACACACACAUGAAAUUCCACACAGGAGAUAAGCCUUUUGCCUGUGAGCUCUGUGAAUACAGAUGUACCCAAAAGGCAAGGUUAAAUGAUCACAUGAGAGUCCACACAGGAGAGAAGCCUUUUGCCUGUGAGCUGUGUGGACAAAGAUUUAGCCGAAAGACACAUUUAAAGAGACAUACGAGCAUCCACAAAAGGCUUGAGGGAUUUAUUUAACAAUAGUACAUCCAAAUGUAGUAUUUAGUUAUUUACAACCUUAAUAUUAGUCUUGUACCUCUGCUCAACUAUCAUUGAUCGGCUCUUGAGCCACCUCUUCUUUUGAUUUUCAUUUUCAAAUCUCCUUUGUUUUUCAAACUCAGACCUUAACCAAACAUUUGAGAUGUUCAUUCAUGAAGUCUGAAUACAAAAAAAAAAAUUACUUAAAGAUUAAGAAAAAACUGUUAUACCCUCCUGUAUUUAAGAAACAGACAACAGGCACAUGAUGGUUGUAGUACACAACCCACUGCAAUUUAAAGCCGUUAGAUACCUGUGGCGUCUGCUUUAAACAAUUUAUCUGUAUAUAAAAUAAUAGCAUACAAUGUUGUAAUAACUGCAGCUUAAAAAGAAUGUGUCUUUAUUCAUUUGGAUCCCCUAAGAAGAAAUCCCACCUUAAAGGCUGUAGAGAGACAGCUGGGACUGUUGUCAAGAAGUCAUAAAUUACAAGGCGGCUCUGUGGAGACUCCAUUCUCCUACAAUAGCAUUUUGCUAUUCUAAGCAGGCUUAGGAGUGUGCCUGUACCAGAGUUUUUAGAGAUGCUGUUGUAGAGUUAUAAGCAGUGGACAGAUGCUGGAAAGACAGAACCACUUUUGGGCUGCAUGGUUCUCCACCGGUGUACCGAUGCUUGUAUUAACAUGGACUAGAUUGUAAUAAACCGGUUAUCUUUUUUAACUCAAA